AUGGCAAACGUGCCGAAAAAGGAUUUGUCUAACCAUAUCAAUGUUUGUCCGGAGAUGCGGCCUGGAGAAGAUGAUUUACCAGGUUUCGAUUUCAUUCGAAAGUUUAGACUGGACGACUUUGAAUAUGAUUUCCCUGGAGUGAAAAAAGUCAAGGGCUCUAAUAGGAUGCAAACAGCCUACCGUUUGUCAAAAAGGGCAGAUUUAACUUUACCAACUAGGUCCAUUUUUCCUCUAGGUUUGCCUGAAGAAUUUUCUUUUGUGUCUACGUUUCGAAAAAAGAAUGGUCGCAAAGAUCCUUGGUUUUUGAUUCGAAUUAAUGACAUUCUGGGGAAACCACAGUUUGGCAUCACCAUGAAUCCCCGUAAGCAGAUGCUAGAGUUUUACGCACUCGACUUCGAAGGAAAAUUGCAGACCACUCGUUUCAGUGACGUGGAGGUAGAAGACAACCAAUGGCACAAGAUCGAUUUAAGCGUAUUUCAAGACCGAAUCAUUCUGUACAUGGAUUGUGAGAAGCAGUCGUCGAAGGCAAUCGACUUGCGAGGUCCCAUAGACGUAAACGGAGACAUCAUGAUUGCGAAAUAUGAAGACGAUAAAGACACGGUUCCGUUAGAGUUGCAAUGGAUGGUUAUGAGCUGUGACCCAUCUAGACCGGAAAGGGAAACAUGCGACGAACUUCCGCCUAAGAAAAAACCACCAAAAGAAGACAAGUGCCCCAUCUGUCCGGCUGGACCACCUGGUUUGAACGGAACUGAGGGUCCCCCUGGAUCUGCUGGUUUUCCCGGACUACCAGGAGAAAGAGGUCCACAAGGAAUACCUGGAGUACAAGGACCUAGAGGUGAAACUGGACAACCAGGAAUUCCCGGUCUUCCAGGACCAAUAGGACCUCCAGGUCCCAUUGGCCCUCCCGGGAGGUUGGGUUUACCUGGCGUAAAAGGAGACAUAGGCCCUUCUGGAUUACCUGGAUUACCGGGGCCUAAAGCGGACAAGGGAGAUCAGGGUUCGCCAGGGGAACCAGGAAUACCGGGUUUUCCUGGCCCUAUGGGACCCAGAGGACCACCUGGUGUACCUGGAGACGCAGUUGUGCUAGAAGGUCAACAGGGGCCACCUGGGGAACCAGGACCUUUGGGUCCUCAGGGGGAACAAGGAUUGCAAGGACUUCCGGGAAUACCUGGUUUCCCAGGGAAGAAAGGAGACCCUGGAGCACCUGGCGUCCCUGGUCCGGAAGGAAAGAGAGGAUUUCAGGGGGAAAGAGGAGAAUCCGGACCUCCUGGACCUGUAGGACCUCCAGGACUGCCGGGUUUACCAGGACGAGAUGGAAUACCCGGAGCUUCAACAGAAUAUCCAGUAGUACCGGGUGCUCCUGGUUUACCUGGAGAACCCGGAGAAAUUGGUCUUCCAGGAGCUAGGGGUGAGAAGGGACCGAGAGGUGAACCAGGAUUCCCCGGACCUAUGGGGUUUAAGGGUGAUAAAGGUGAAAGAGGUGAGGCUGGAAUACCGGGACUCGACGGACAAAAGGGUGACAAAGGAGAGGAUGGCCGAGUAGGUGACACUGGAUCAAAAGGAGAAAGGGGAUUUCCUGGUGCUCCUGGAUUGCGGGGUGAGCCGGGUUUAAUAGGAAUGCCGGGACCAUCUGGAGUUCCUGGAACUAAUGGAUUGCCUGGAUCUAGAGGUGAAAAAGGAGACCAAGGCGAACCAGGAAUUCCAGGAGAUGUUGCAAAAGCUGGAGAUCCAGGGCCGCCAGGGCUACCAGGGCCAGCAGGAGAGCCUGGAAUAGACGGAACCAAGGGACCCCCUGGACUUCCUGGGCCCACCGGAGCAUUAGGACCUCAAGGAUUACCUGGUCCGCCAGGACCACAAGGGCCCCAAGGUAAUGAAGGAGCAGAGGGACCGAGAGGAAUGAAAGGCGAUGUUGGACCUCGAGGCCCAGAUGGACUUCCAGGAGAUCCAGGAGUGCCUGGGAAACCAGGUCCAUACGGAAAACCCGGACCCAAGGGAGACCAAGGAGACAAAGGUCCUAGAGGUCUUGAAGGCAUCAGGGGACCACCAGGAUCAUCAGGCCCACCAGGACCAAUAGGACCUCCUGGAUCUUCCGGACUACCAGGAUUAGUUGGAUUUCCAGGACCUGCAGGCCCUCCAGGACCUCCAGGACCACCUGGUCCAAAAGGUGAAAGUGGACUAGUGAGUUAUGAUAUUGAAGGACUUGUAUCACUACCGGGACCUCGGGGUACCACUGGAAAUAUGGGUCCACCGGGAAUGCCUGGAGAACGUGGUUCACCAGGAGACAGAGGCCCUCCAGGAGGAUCGGGACAGAUCGGAAUGCCGGGCCCUGCAGGCCCCCCUGGCAUAUCCGGCAACCCGGGAAGCAGAGGCGCUCCCGGAAUGCCCGGACUACCCGGCCCACCCGGAAGAGGCUACACUGAAGAAGAAAUGCGGGAAAUCUGUGCUUCAGUGCUGAGAGAGCAGCUAGCCGAAUUAACAGCAAAACUGCGGGGACCUCCGGGUCCCCCAGGGCGUGGCAAGCCGGGACGUCCAGGACCACCAGGAAGGCAGGGACCAUCAGGUGAUCCGGGCACACCAGGGCUCCAGGGAGAACGAGGAUUCAUGGGCUUGCCCGGAAUGCACGGACCCACCGGACCCCAGGGACCCAAAGGUGAAAAAGGUGAUCGUGGAGACAGAGGACCAGAAGGCGUCGGCAUAGAAGGACCAAUGGGACUGCGAGGAUUGCCAGGACCUCCUGGACCGCCUGGAGUAGGAUUGCCUGGAAGGCCUGGUGAAAGAGGCCCAGCAGGAAAACAAGGAAUUGCUGGCAUUAGAGGAUCCCCAGGACCUCAAGGACCGCCUGGGUAUUGCGAGCUUUGCAGUUAUCAAGGAGCAGAUAUUAUGAACGUUCUGAAUGCAAGGGGACCACCAUCGCAAGAAAAAGGACCUACAAACUAAUCAACCUUUUGACAGAUUUUGAAAAGAGUUUUUUACCAAGGCCGAACUACAAAUGAUGUAGCACUUGAACACUUCAUUCACAACUCUCGAAAUCUAACGUGACGUAACUUAAUGAAAAAACAAAACUUGUGAUGAUAUUCAAAUGGAUUUUGAAUAUUUACAGAGUAGAAUCUUUUGAAGAUUUUGAAUAUUUUUUUUUAAGAAUUUGCUAUUGUGCAAGCUUGUAUAGUGACAUUAUAUUUGCAAAUGACAAGACACUAAAGUUUUCAAUUUGGCCACUUUUCUUAUAAGCUAUGAGAUUAUUGGCAAGUGCUAAUUUCAAUAACAAUGAUACUAUGUUUGAAAGUUUUCUUCACGAGUGAAUCGUAAUGCAUGACUUUCACUUACAAUGGUUGAAAAAGAAAUUCAUUGAGUGUACUACAUAAAUAAUGAUUAAUUUUAUUGCAAACAAAGUUUUCACGCAUACAAUUAAUUAUUUAAGAAAAUAAAAUUGUUGAAAGCUUAAGCAAUAAUUAUGCAGCUGAUUGCUUGAUAUAGCAUAUUCUUUUGUUACCGUCUGAUUUCUUAAUAUUGCCGUUUUAUUAUCUAAAUGGCAAUAUAGAUUAUCUUGCGUCAAUCUCAGAUGUAUUAGCAACAUAAAGCUUGGAACUGUAAUAUUGUUUAUUUUUUAAAGCUUUUUUUUUUGUUUUGACUUAGAGCUAUUUUUGCGUAGAUAUAAAUAAAAUUUUUAACAACAACUAAUCUUCAGGAUAAGAAGGUAUAUGUUCACAACAAGACUACUUUCCAGGAAUCGAAUUAUCAAUAUGUACCAAUGUUAUAAAAUGUGCUAAAAAUGUUGUAUGUGCUAAAAUUUUUUAUUAC